AUGGCUACAACUCUUGGAAUGGACGGAUAUGCAGAACUGCAGGUCUCUAUGAUGGAUCCCACUGAAAAGAAGCCCGCCUUCAGAGGCUUGAAGCUGUACGUGAAAGAACUGGAUUCAAAGACACUUCCUCCGUUUCUUGCCCGUUUGUGUGCUCCCGACAAGCCUUCCUCAUACUCUGAGGAGGAGAUCCUAUGCAUUUUCGAGACUGCAGCAGAAGUUCAUGGCCGCACAAUUGUACCGCACAUUGGACAGAUUGUCCCAGCAAUUGUCAGGAUCAUGGCGUCAGAUUCAAGGCCCUUGCAUAGUGCUCGUUGCUCCAAGGUGGUUUGCACAAUAUCCCGCUACUGCAUUGAUCCUCUGGGCAGAGAAGAAGAGAAAUCUGAGAUCAUGACCUCCCUUUGCCGUCCCCUAUCAGAUUGCCUAAUGAACUCUAACAAGAGCAUCUCUUCUGGUUCGGCUCUUUGUAUUGCUGCUCUUGUCCAAUCCAACAAUUGGCAAUUUGCAUCUAAUGAGUUGAUCAAUGAUGUCUGCUUGAAAAUGAUACAUUCGAUCAUGAGAAGCUUGAAUCUGAGGAUUAUAUCUUCUGAGAUCAGUAGCAUUAUCCAUGCUUUGGAGCACUGCCAAGAUGGCUUUGUUCCAGAUAUCUGCACUGCAGCUUUUCAGGCAACCGAGACUGCUAAGUUACUUGGGAGGCAGGAGGAACGUGGAGCUCGGAAAAUGUCAGUCCUUUGGGAAGCUGUAGUGGUGGAAACAGCAGGAAGGGGUCAAAUUCUCCAAUUGAUCAUGCGAAUAUCAGAGACAGUGGAUCUCCUCCCAGUUGGACAAUGCACUGGUAUUCUUGGAACUACACGUGCAAGGCGGCGACUUUGGAGUUACGGAACUGACUUUUCACAUGGCGUGUCCAAUGAUGAGCUUUUCCACACUUCGGCACGUGAUUAUCAUGAAAAUCUGGGUAUCAUAGCACAAUCUGAUUCUGCUGAUCUUGUUAAGUCAAGUAGGAGGCGCUCCGAUGUGUUGACAAGAAUUGGUGAUCCAUGUCCUACUUGUUUAACACCCCGAGCUACUAAUCAGGCAUGCAAGCGGCAAGCUUUGUCAACUCCAAGGAAGCAGCUCCAGUCUUUGACCUAUUGCAGUGAUUCAGAAAGAGAUGGCCACCGCUUACCUCCAAGAUCAGUUUCAAGGUUGAUGCAGCGCCCGGACCAUCUUUUGUUUCAAAAGAAUUUUCAAAGUGAGGAAAGGAAAGGCUACUGCAACUCGACUCAACAGAGGAACCAAUUGCGUACACAGACCAGAGACUUGCUGACCGAAGACUUGAAGUUCCCCACCAGCAGCAGGCUUUCUGAUAGUGCACGGGCUCCUCCAUGUGAAGAACGCCAAUGUGAUGGUGCUGCUGAACAUCAGAAGGUGACUGGGAGGGAGAAAAGAGAAACAAACUGUCGUCGAAGCAAUCGAUUAACUCUAUUUAUCUGUGCCAUGGUCUUCGCUGCGUUGUUGCUAAUUUUGUGGAAGCAGCAGGACCCCAGUAACGAGCUAUACUUCGUACCUACUUAG